UCUAUAGUUGUACUCCACCUAAUCAUGUAACAUUUCUUAUUAUCCAUUUGAACCAUUGGAACAAUAUAAAUAUUUCAUACUUUUACAUAUCUUCACCCUUUCUCAUCUCUAGAAACAAAAAUUAACAUAUUUGUAUCAUAUUGGUCAUGGCUAUUGCUUCAACCGAAAGCAAGAUGGUUUCGUCAUCAUCAUCAUCAACAUCAAGCAUCACCACCAUGCACCAUGAUAUCCUCCAUACACACAUCCUCACCCACCUCGACGCCGCCACGCUCGCCACCACUGCCUCCACUUGCUCUCACCUCCGCCACCUCUGCAUGGAUAAUGAUCUUUGGAAAAAAAUCUGCACCGAGACGUGGCCGUCGUUACUAGAUUCUACCACCAGCCAUGUCAUCUCCACUUUCCCAAAUGGUCACCGUUCGAUUUUCUCAGACGCAUUUCCCACUCUUCAUCAUUUCUCUUCUCAUUCAAAAUCAAAUCAUCCUCCGUCACCUCCUCCGCCAGAAGAGCUUAUCUCUGCUGUGGAUAUACACUACAAAGGUAAGCCGGUGUUUUCCAGAGUUCAGCGAACUGAAACGAAAAAGAACAUGUUUCUCACGUCGUCGUUAUAUAUUGGAACUUUGGAACCAAAUGAGCUGGUUCCAACUCCGGUGAAGUUUGUUAGAAAAAAUGAAGAAUGGAUGAAGAAUUUGGAAGAGAAUUUAUCAUUAAGCUGGAUUAUCAUCGACCCGACUGGAAAACGUUCAGCGAACGUUUCCAGCCGGAAGCCGGUAUUAGUACGACGUCACUGGCUAACAAGAGACAUGGAGAUUCUUUUCGCGGUGACAAUGGCGGGAGAGACACGACGAUCAACCGAGAUGGUCCAGUGUAUGGUGAAGGUGACAUGUUGUGGGAAAGUUGGGGGUGAAUUGUACAUGAGGGAGGUGAGUUUAGUAAUGGAGGAUAUGGAAGGAGGGGAGGUUAGUGGGAAAGAAGGGGUUGGGAUAUUGAUGAAGGCAAUGGAGUUUGGAGAGAGGAAGAAAGUUAGUGAAGUGGGAGAGAUGAAAGAGAGGUAUGAGAGAUUCUUGGGGUUGAUUAGGGAGAGGAGAGAGAUGAAGUUUAAGAGACAGAAGGUACGUGAUGGUGUUUCUACCAUUGUUGCGUUUGUUGUUUGUGUUUGGUUUUGUUACUUGGCUGGUUUAUGAGAUGUUUUGACUUUUCACUACAAUACAAUGUUUGUACUAUAAAAUUGUUAGUAUAAAAUUUGUUCUUGGUGUAAA